UUCACAUGAUGGUGAUAUUUGAACUACGCAGAAUUAAUUAAAGAUCACAUUAAGAAAUGCUAACUGUCAAAAUUUUCAGUUUUAUCGACCAGAUCAACACCGAUCAACAUUGAAUGAUUUACAGYCUUUCAAAAAAUCUAGAAUUCCUAAGGAAUGUUUAGGAUUUUAAACGAUGCGUCCAGAUUAUCCACAUUCCCAUACGUUUACUUGUAAAAUCUAGAUUUUUUCAGCAUUUUACUUAAUAAACAGAAAAAUUGUGCGAGGUAAGGGACAGGCAAUUGCUUGUUUCCGAACAAUCAUCACGUGAUACCCAUUUCACUUCCUGUAUGGUAUUUCCGAGAAGUCUUCAACCUUGAUUAUUUCUGGGAAUCCUGACACACGCUAAGAUCACGCGAAAUCACUCAAAAAUUUUUCAGACUGAAGUUGCUGUUGAGUGCAAGGGAAUGGAGAAUAGCCUUCAUAGCAUGUUAUAGAGCUUAGUUCAGUGGACUUUGUAGUAGCGAGUGACUACAAAGACAUCGAAGGCUCUCGAGAAAUGUCCUCGUAUUCUCAUCCUGGGCGCGGUUCACGAGGUGGUAAACAAAGACAUGGUGCAUUGAGGGGUGGAAGGGGAAAUCAAAAGCGAGGUGGUGGUCGUGGGGUUGGAACACAAGGAACGUCCUUGUGCUCUCCCAUUUCCAGGGGGCGCGGUCACCGAGGAAGUAACAGAGGCGGUCGUGGUGCAGUGCGAGGUGGAAUGGGUGUCCAACGAGGCGCUAGUCGUGGAGGGGGACCCUCGCGAGGUGGUCCGUCAAGAUCAAACGAAAACCUGGAAACACUUAGUUUUCAAAAUCUCCAAUCAAUGGCUGACAAAGACCCUGACGCUCUGGUUCAGGACAUAACGUCGGAGAAAUGCUUACCUGAGCUGGAAAAUCUUGUUUCAGACUUGCGUAUGGAUGAAAAGAAAGUAGUUGUUGUUUUAAAAGUGUUUGCCAGGGCUUGUGAAUGUUCCACUCAAAGAUCACUUAUGAAAUUAUUAAUCCUUCUACCAAAGUCACCUUACAUAAGCAUGCAUUUGUCAAGCUACAUCAAUAGAAUGACAAUUAUGGACUUAGACGUUCAAGAAAGAGAAGAUCAAUUCAGGAUUAUGAUAAAGCUCUUUAUCACAAUUUUAACAAGUUCCCCGAGUUCUUAUGCAGACCUUCCGAUUCCUCAUCUCUACCUCGUGACUUCUUUCCUAAACAAGAAAGGAAAACUUAACGAUGAAAAAACUCUGUCUGAGAUUAAAGGGUUGAGUUCUUUGAAAGAAGAAAUGACAGAGAAAGUGAAGCAGGAGGGUGGCGGAAAGAGUAAAAUAAUGCCAAGGAGAAGAAACCCGAGGGAUGAAGGUAUAAAAUUGCGCAUAUAUUAGGGGGCCCGAGUGCAUGCACUCUCUCAAACUAAAAUGCUAAUUUCAUACAAUAAAUUGGUGAACAAUAAAAUAAACACUGAAUAAGCAUGACAUUCUUAUAGACCUAUCUAGUAAUCAAGAACCAGCUUAUUUCUACAACUAAUUUAAUUUUGUUAAAAGAUGUUUUGGCAAAAAUUAUAAUGUUAUCAGUUUCUUCAUCUUUUUUUUUUCUUCUUCUUCUUUUGAUCAAACAUUUCUCCA